AGGAAAAUGUAACACCCACUCUUCUUUCUUUUUUCUUGGGAAGUCAUUGCUGUUCAUCACUUUUUCCAUCAAGUGAAAUAUACAGCCUUAAAAAAAUAGGCCUGGGAGUGUUUGUUUAUAUUUGCUUAAGCAGUGUCAUGAGACGGAAAAGGCCCCACCAGAGGGCGGACAGGUACCCGGUUCUCAGCGUCACCACUGCUGGAUGUCCUGGAAAGCUGGACGCCGGCCGCGCAUGCGCCCCACGGCCCGCCCUGGUUCCGCCUCCCUGGAAGAGGGGUGGCGUUGCCUCGGUAACUGGAGUAAACGGAGGCCUCCGGUAGAAGCUGUGAAGAGAGGAGCCGCGGCUGUCAGCAGUACCUUCGAGGAAAUGAAGGAACCAGAUGAUCAGGAUACUGAUGGGGAGAAAUCAGUUACAUCAAACAGUGAUGGGAAGAAGUCUCUGAGGUCUUCUAAAUCGGAAUCAAGAUCUCCUGUUCAAGAAGAUAACACAUUUUUAGAAGAUGCCACAGAUGAAACAUUUACUGAAGGAGAAGAAUCAUAUUUAGAAGAAGACUCAGAUGAGGAACGUUUGGAAGGAAGUUUGAGUUCAUUUCAGUAUGAUGAUUUGCAAAGCACUACAGUAUCUCAGCAAACCCCUGCCCCAGCUGUGGAAGAGGCAGAGGAGGAAGUUAAGAAGAAAAUAUCAGAGAGCUUCUUCUAUGAUUAUAUGGAGCUUGCUUCGAUGCCUUUUGUGACUCUGGAUUCAGACAUACCACUGGAUCUUCUCACACUCGUACAUUCUUUUGGUUAUGACUGUAGAAAGCGAGCCAACCUACAACUUCUGGACAACAGUAUCGCAGUAUACAUAGCUGGGAACCAACUGAUCUUUCUGAAUUUGAAAACCAAGGAACAGACCUACCUGAGAAGUAGCAGUGGUGAAGGAAUUGGCGUCAUUGGGGUUCAUCCACAUAAAACUUACUUCACAGUAGCUGAAAAAGGGAGUUUUCCAGAUAUUAUCAUUUAUGAAUAUCCUUCUCUGAGACCAUACAGAAUCCUUCGAGAUGGGACUGAGAAGGGAUAUGCUUAUGUGAACUUUAACUACAGCGGUACCUUGCUGGCGUCUGUCGGUAGCAACCCUGACUACACACUGACUAUCUGGAACUGGAAAGAGGAACAACCUAUACUGAGGACAAAAGCUUUUUCUCAGGAAGUUUUUAAGGUUACUUUCAAUCCUGAUAAUGAAGAGCAGCUUACUACAUCAGGAUCAGGCCACAUCAAGUUCUGGGAAAUGGCUUUUACAUUCACAGGUCUCAAGCUGCAGGGAUCACUAGGUCGAUUUGGCAAAACAACCACUACUGAUAUAGAAGGCUACAUGGAACUCCCAGAUGGGAAAGUGCUCUCAGGGUCAGAAUGGGGCAACAUGCUGCUUUGGGAAGGUGGUCUGAUCAAAGUGGAGCUCUGUCGAGGUACAAGCAAGUCAUGUCACAAUGGUCCCAUUAACCAGAUAAUGCUGGAUGAGGGUGAAGUUAUCACGGUUGGGUCAGAUGGAUGUGUUAGGAUAUGGGAUUUUGAGACAAUAGACACCGCUGAUAUAAUAGAUGAGACUGGAUUGUUGGAGAUUGAGCCUAUUAAUGAACUUCAAGUAGACAAGAAUGUGAAUCUCUUCUCUAUGACAAAAAUGAGUGAAGCUGGAAAUAACUUUUGGUUGGCUCAGGAUGCCAAUGGAGCCAUAUGGAAGCUUGACCUUAGUUUUUCAAAUAUUACCCAGGACCCAGAAUUCCUCUUUUCCUUCCAUUCCGGAGCUGUUGAAGCCGUGGCUGUUUCUCCUCUCACUUAUCUCAUGGCCACAACUGCCUUGGACUGCUCUGUUCGAAUCUAUGAUUUUGCUAGCAAAACUCUUUUGGCUCAGAUGAAAUUCAAACAAGGAGGUACUGCCCUUGUUUGGGUACCCCGAAUGGUAAACUUCACUGGAGCAGAAAUUAUUGUAGGAUUUGAAGAUGGAGUUGUUCGAAUUCUUGAACUUUAUGAUCCAAAAGGGCUCACGGUUUUUGUGGGACGGAAGAAAAUUUCGGAUGCCGAUAUUCGCUUGAAACAGGUUUUCAAACCCCAUACUGCUUGUGUCACUGCUUUAGCUUAUGAACGUGAUGGGGAAAUUCUAGCUACAGGGAGUAAAGAUCAAACUGUUUUCUUCUUUGAAGUGGAAAUGGAUUAUAAGCCAAUUGGUUAUAUUAAUACUCCUGGACCUGUGUGUCAGUUAAUGUGGUCUCCUAUGUCUCAUCUUGAAAGUACUUUACUAAUUAUCUGUGAAAAUGGCUAUAUUCUUGAAGCUCCACUUCCAACCAUAAAUCUAGAAGAGGAUGAUCAUGAUGUAGUCUCCUAUGAAAUCAAAGACAUGUGCAUAAAAUGUUUCCAUUUUUCAAGUGUCAAAUCUAAGAUUCUGAGAUCAAUAGAAAUUGAAAAGAGGGAGAGACAAAGGAAGUUGAAGGAAAAAAUAAGGGAAGAAAGGAGGAACAAGCUAGCAGCAGAGAUGGGAGAAGAUGGAGAAAAGGAAUUUCAGGAGGAGGAAGAGGAGGAAGAGGAGGAGGAGGAAGAAGAGCCUUUACCUGAAAUAUUUAUUCCAUCAACCCCCUCUCCCAUCCUCUGUGGAUUUUACUCGGAGCCAGGGAAGUUCUGGGUUUCUUUGGGUGACUAUGAUUCUGGUUUUCUGUAUCACUGUGAGUUCCCCCCUUGUGAUGAAAGCCGUGAUUUCAAGGAACAAAAAGAUGAACCUAUCGAUGUCCGUUAUCUUGAGGAUACAGAGGAUAAUCCCAUCCAAACUAUCACUUUCAACAUUAACAAAGUUAUGAUGUUUUGUGGAAUGAAAAAUGGAGCAAUUCGAGUCUAUGUCCUAAAUCAGAAUGAUCCUUCAUUGACCAGUUUGGUGGACUACUGGCACUUCAAUAUGCAUGACAAUAAUUAUGGAUGUAUUAAAAGUAUGGCUAGUAGCUUUGAUGAUCGUUUUUUGGUGACUGUUGGAGCAGAUGGUAAUAUCUUUGUUUUCAACAUUGUUUCUGAAUUUAUGCUAAGGAAAGACAUCAAGGCCAAACUGCCAUCUCCCAGGUUUGGAAUUGAAACAGAGCCAAUUCCAGAAGACAUUGAAGAUCCCAAAGCCUACAGUAUCGAGAAUGCUAGGAGAAAAAGAGAACAUGACAAGUUAAUGAAAGAAGUGGAAGAAAUAAAGGCACGGAAGAGAGAGCAAAUCAAAGCUUUGAGGAUUAAAUUUUGUAAACUAUUAGAAAUGAAUGAAGAAUUACCAAAGCAUAUGCAGUUUAAACGAACAGAUUUUGAUGUAGAUUCCAAAAUCCGUGCUGAGAUGCACAGAAAAACAGCUUUCAAAAUUCAACAAGUGGAAAAGGAAUUAGCUUGGGAAAAAGAGAAACAUGAACUCGGCCUAAUGAAGCUAAAGAAUCGAUUUCGAGAUCCAUUGGAAAGUGAUACUAUUGUGGUUCAUGCCAUACUAAGUGACCACAAGAUAUCCUCUUACAGGCUGGUACAGCCCUCCAAGUACUCCAAAUUCAAACGAGCUAGUCAAUCAGAGAGAAAACCAAGCAAAUUGGACAGGUUUGAAAAAGAGGGAACUGGAAGAAAGGACAGCCAGAGAGAUGCAGGUGGGAGCAUUGCCAUACAAGAAGAAUCAAUAAUAGAAAAAGGGAAGAAAUUUCGGCCUAAAACCCUAAGUGAAAUUAUGGUGGAAAAUCAAAUCGAGAAAACAAGAAAACUUAUAUUGAAAGCUGAAAGGGCACAACUAAAGAUUCAACAGCGAAAAAAAGAAUGGGAGGAACUAUACAAGAGUAAACCUGGUGACGACUAUGAAGAUCCUAAAGAUCUUCAAGCCAUCAAAGAAGCCCAGGAGUAUAUGGGAGAUUUCAAUCUGAAGACAGCCCCAGACUACAAGAUACCUGAGCACAUGAGAAUAAAUGCUGCCAAGAAGGAAGAGGAACUAGGACACCUAGAUUCUUUGGUCCAUGGAAAUAAAAGGUACAUGAACAAGUGCAUUCUCUCUCUUAGAGACCUUAAAGUGGCUGUUGUUGAGGAAAUACAGUGCCUGGUACAAGAACUGAAGAACAUUCAGUCGGCUCUUCACGUAUCCAAGCACAUACCCAUUCCCCAAAUUCCUCAGAUACACCCGGAAGAAGUUCCAGAAAAGAGAUUUCAGUAUGAUGAAGAAACUCUCCUAAAUUUUAAGCAACAGCAUAUGAAAAGUGACGAUGAAAAGUCCCCCAGAGUGGAGCAGACAGGGUCUGAAGGCCCAGGUGGAGGAUUCCUCAAGCUCUCUUCUGGAAAGGAUGGGGAUUUGACAACCCGAGAUUCAAUGUCUAGAUCAUCAAAGGCAUCAACAUUCAGCCUAGAUAUACCAAAGUAUAUGGAAUUUGAAAAAGCAGAGCCAACGGAUAUGGAGCUGGAAAUUAUGAAGAGAGAUGAGAUUAAACACAUGUACAUGCAACAGUAUUUGGUCAACAGGGUCAAAGAACUGAUUGUCACUUUUGAUGCAGAACUCCGUCUCCUUAGACAUCAGAAACUGAAACUAGAUACUCAGAUGAAAUUAUCUGACCUGCACCACGUCACCUUAUUUCAAGAAAUACUUCUCCUGAAGAAUUUUGAAAAACAGGAGAACAUACUUCAAGAGCGUGUUAAUUCCUUGGACAAAGAGGAACAGUACAUGCAAUGGAAAAUAAAUGAAACUCUUAAAGAGAUGGAAGAGAAAAAGAAUGAAAUCACCAAACUCCAGGAGCAAGAAAAGGCACUCUAUGCUGGUUUUCAAACAGCCGUUGGAGAAAACAAUAAGUUUGCAAACUUCCUCAUGAAGGUCCUAAAGAAGAAGAUUAAACGGGUAAAGAAAAAAGAAGUUGAAGGAGAUGCUGAUGAAGAUGAGGAGAGUGAGGAAUCAAGUGAAGAAGAAUCUAGCUUGGAGAGUGAUGAGGAUGAGUCUGAAUCCGAAGAUGAGGUUUUUGAUGAUUCUAUUUGCCCAACAAAUUGUGAUGUGGCUCUUUUUGAGCUCACCCUUCAACUUCGAGAGAAAAGGCUGGACAUUGAGGAGGCUUUAGUUGAAGAAAAGAAAGUUGUUGAUAACCUCAAAAAGGAAUAUGAUACAUUGUCAAAAAAAGUGAAAAUUGUGGCAACUAAUCUGAAUGCAGCGGAGGAGGCCCUGGAGGCUUAUCAGCGAGAGAAGCAGCAGCGACUGAAUGAACUGCUGGUUGUGAUUCCGCUCAAGCUCCACCAGAUAGAGUAUGUGGUAUUUGGAGAAAUACCUAGCGAUCUUUCUGGUACUUUGGUCUUCUCUAACCACGCCUUGAAACGGCUGCAAGAACGAAUCCAUGAGCUCCAGGAGGAAAAUUCCAAGCAGCAAAAACUUAACAAAGAAUGGAGAGAGAGACGUAAACAGCUCAUCCGAGAAAAGAGAGAAAUGACAAAAACCAUACACAAAAUGGAGGAAACAGUCCGUCAACUCAUGAUCAGCAAGUUUGGUCGUGUGGUAAACUUGGAAGCCCUUCAGACGCUUUCUGUUAAUACAACACUUGAAGAACUGAAGAUCAGAAAACUUCGAAAGGAGCUAGCGAAUGCGAAGGAGAUGAAGAUGUGGGAGGAAAAGAUUGCUCAAAUGCGAUGGGAACUGAUGAUGAAGACAAAAGAACACACCAGAAAGCUUUAUCAGAUGAAUGAUUUGUGUAUUGAAAAGAAGAAACUUGAUUCUCGGUUGAAUACGCUACAGAAUCAGCAGGGCAAUGCCUUCCAGGGCCUUCGGGAAGCAGAUGUUGUGGCAAGAGAGGAGGUCACUGAAUUGAUCCAACUCCAGGCGGAAAGGAUUUCAGCCUUAAAGGAGGAGAUUGCUCUUUUGCGUAGGAAAGGUGGUCUUAUCCUCCCCCCCAUUCAGUCUCCACAAGAGAAAGAGAUGCAGCCCGUGGACCUUUGAGUUUGCUGUUUUUGCAAACCCAUGCAAGAUUUCUGACAUAACUCACCCGAAGUUCUGUCCCCUCGUCACCUCCAACAAUCUUAUUACUUUAAAGUUAACUUGUUUGAAAGUCUAAAACCAGAUCUAGUCACGUAGCUUUAAGAAUCUCUCUACAAUUUGGUUAUCUUAGAACCGAAUGCAGCACCCGACCUCUGUUAUGAAACUGAAUCAUUUUAGAUGUUUCGAACCUACUAGAUUGAAUAUGAAGUCUCAGAAGGCUGUUUCAUGAUUGCUGUAAAUCAUCUGUAAUAUAUUUUGUUUUAGGAAAAUUCGAUUUGGGGGUAUGCUGAAUUUUUAGCCAUUGGCAAGAAAAACUAUCAUUCAGCAAUUCGUGAGAAAACUUUGUUUUCUUGAUCCUUAGAAAAUAAAUUUAGAUGUCAUUAAGUGUUCUCUGAGAGGAUGCAGGAGAAAAAGACAUUUUGCCAACUAUAUCUUAGAGCAGAAUUGCAAAUUUCAGUUUUGGCAUUGUUGACUUCAUAAAGCAGUUAUUUGAGGGCUCGGGAGUCAGGAAAUACAAACAGAUACGGCAGAGCAGUUUGCUUUGGGUUGGCAGAAAGCAGGAAAAUAACCAGCCUUCUUGGAUAGCCCAGUUUUUGUAGACUCCUCAGUUCUGAGUGGAGCAGAGGAGUGUGCUUAAUAAAACAGUCAAUAAGGAGGCUUUUCUCUAAAGAUUUCUGCAACUCCAUCAGAAUUCUAAGUUUUCCCCAUAGUUUCUCAUGUCCUCUGCCAUUUUCUUCAGGUUUACUUGGGCCAUUUGCUGGUUUUGAUAUAGAUGAUGAGACAAUGAAAUAGAUUUACCUUAGAGAUCAUCUUUCAGCAUCACUUUUGAUUACACAUAACAUUUUAAACUAAUUUAAGAGGAUCCUUUUGGUUUGGGGGUAAGUGCUCAUUGAAGCUCAUGGCUGUAACCACUGAAGGAUAAUCUCACUGACAUUUGGAAUCCUGUUAGUAACAGAGCAUAGCUCUUUAGAUUAAGACCUUUAUAUUAAUGAGCGACUCCAUUGAGGCUGUUCCAGGAUAAGCUGGUCACCGAGAAGGGUGGGUGAAGAAGGGAACAUUGCAUAAAUAUAGAAGGGAACUCAGCAAUGGCAAGUCUUCCUCACCUGUGAUUAACCUGCUAAUCUGCCCCCCAAAAUUAGAGACAGGACUUGCUUUCUUUGUACAUCAGAAUAUUCUUAGAGGUGGCCACUUGGCCUAUUUUCUUCCUAAGAUUCCUUCAUAUUCCUAUUUAAGAGGUCAGGAUACCUUAUUGUUUUCACUUGUCACCAUUAAUUUCUGAUGUAGUCACUUCUCUACUGGAGAGCACCCACUUAUUUUUUAAAAAUCACUGUCUUUGUUGUAUACCUUAAACCAUGUGUGCCUUUUGAGUAUUUUUUAAAAUAUGCAAGUCA